AGUAGAGAGCAGAAAUCCCCCUCUAAAAACCACCUUUCGAUUCUGAUUAGUUUACUCUGUUUCCAGUGAAAGCGUUGCAGAAGCAAGGAAGAAGAAGAUUGGAGGGGUGAGAGAGUCGUCGUCGUCGGAGGAUGGCGAGUGGGUCGUUGGGGUUGGAGGAGACCGAGCUGCGCCUGGGGUUGCCCGGCGGCGGCGGCGGCGGGGAAGCCGAGGCCGCGAAGAACUCCUGCAAGAGGGGGUUCGCUGAGACUAUCGAUCUGAAGCUGAAGCUUCAGACCCCGGUGGACGCAGAGGAACAGAUCAUAGAGAAAGCGAGAGGCAGCUUGCCGAGCCAGAGGAACCUUGGUGUUUUCUGUGGCAGCGAUCCCGAGAAGCCACCUGCUCCCAAGGCACAGGUUGUGGGUUGGCCUCCAGUUCGAUCAUUCAGGAAGAACAUCCUCUCUGCUCACUCUGAGAAGGGAAGCAAGGAGGGAGGUGAGAAGCCCGGCAACCCGGUGGCCGCCUUCGUCAAGGUCAGCAUGGACGGCGCUCCGUACCUCCGUAAGGUGGAUCUGAAGAUGUACAGAAGCUACCAAGAGCUCUCCAUGGGCCUGCAGAAGAUGUUCGGCUCCUUCACCAGUGGAAACUGUGGCUCUCAGGGGAUGAGCGGGAGGGACUUCAUGAACGAGAGAGAGGUGAUGGAUCUUCUGAAUGGAUCUGAGUAUGUGCCAACCUACGAAGACAAGGAUGGCGACUGGAUGCUCGUCGGAGAUGUUCCAUGGGAGAUGUUUGUUGACUCCUGCAAGCGUCUGAGGAUAAUGAAGGGAUCAGAAGCCAUUGGACUCGCCCCAAGAGCCAUGGAGAAAUGCAAGAACAGAAGCUGAAGAUUCCUCCUCCAUCACAGCACAGUGACAACAACAAACACCUUGCUGGGUUUGGAUCGAGUGGUGCAUCUGCAUGUGUAUUGUGUUCCACAUAUGUUAGUGAUAUAUAUGUUUGUCAGCAUCAUUUCUUGAUUGUUUUAUUUUUAUCUCUUUUUAUGUCUGUGUUGCCCCCUGUUGGUGUGUUUAAUAGAUUGUUCAACAUGUUAUUAAUGUAUGUAGUGUGUGGGUUUGCAUCUA